CAAAACACAUGAGCCACUUCCUCGAGUCAAGCAAGUCUUGUCCUGGAGGGGAAACAACUUGUAUUUGCUGCCCCAAAAAAAGUUGAGCCAACUUUGCCAGUGAUGAAGCCCCGCCGAUUCUUCAUUGCCACGAAAGGCUUUAUGGGAGAAACGACUGCAGGUGGAGAAGUGAAGGUAUCCAAAGGCAGCCUCUUGAGCCAAGAAGACCCCCAAAGAAACUCCCCAGAUGGAACAUUUUGUGCCAAGAUUGUGGACACAGAAAAGAUGGUCUGGGUGCCUCCGUGGGCCACUUGGGAACUGAGUGGGUCUCAGUCAGGUCUCCUGGAGGCGGUGACCAAUGGAGAUGAACGCCUGGCUCUCCUCAAACAAGAGCAGUUGAUGCGCCGGCUGAGCACCCUCCGGAAAGGGGACCGGGUCAAGGUCCAGAUCACAUCUGCCUCUGGGCGGAAAGUUCAGGGCAUCAUCCGAUACCGGGGACCCAUCGACAAGAGCAAGCAUGAUACGAGUGUCAUCUUUGGGGUGGAACUUGUGGGUUCUGCUGCUGGGGGAGGCUUCACUGAUGGUUCCUUCAAAGGCCAGAAGUUCUUCUCUUGCCGGGAAAACUGUGGCGUCUUUGUGCCUGCCAAUCGAAUUGAGCCAGACGACUCGCCGGAGGGCAGCCCACCAGCGCCUCUGAGAGACCGGAUCCGGGAAUGCGCUCGAAUCCAACUGACAUCAGGAGACCCCUUGUCCUCUCCAGGGUUGGAGAUUGGGGACCGUGUUUACUUCAGGAUGGAAGACAGCACCCCUACCGGCACUGUGGUGUACUGUGACCAUCUUCCCAAGAAAUUGGAAACCGGGGUCUUCGUGGGGAUUCUUUUGGACAAACCGGUGGGUUCAUGGGAUGGUCGCUUCAAAGACCAUGUCCUCUAUCGUAUGCCGUCUCCAGAGUUUGGGAUGCUUCUUCCAAUUUCUAAAGUAUUUAAAGAACAAGUCGAUAGAAGUCCUGAGAUAUUGGCCAACCAUUCACCCUCAUCCAUUUCAGAGGAAUAUGAGGAUUGCUUGUCCUUGUCAUCCAUCCGUUACCCUCCCAGGAUGGAGGAGUGUUCUCCAAAGGAAAUCCCAAGAGGAGCGCCUUCUGAUGAUCCACGGGGCUCCAAGAAGAAAGAAGUAGGAACUUUAGAGCUGAAACAGAAUGAAGAUGAAGAGGAAGAGGUGGAGGAAGAGGAUGAUGAUGAUGACAGUGAUGAGCAGUAUAACCACCAUCUCCUAGAGAUCAACUCUGUGGUGGAGGUUAACAAUCCACCAAUCUAUGGGGUGAUCCGCUGGAUCGGGAAGCCACCUGAUGUAGCUGAGACCAUUGCUGGGCUGGAGCUGGAGGAGCCACUAUCUUCCGGCUGUACCGAUGGGCAAUAUCGAGGGGUCCGCUAUUUCCACUGCCAGCCAAACAAAGCCCUGUUUGUCAAGCUACGGCGUUGUCGCCCUGAUUCCAGAUUCGGCGCUCUGCAGCAGCUAGAGAAUCCUGUUUUGCGAUGCAACUCCCUGGAUUUCCGUGUCUAUGCCAGUGCGCGAGUGGAAGAAGACACACCUCCACCUCCACUGGGUGAUGAGGCCAUGGAGCAUCUCUCAGGAUGGAAGAAGGGCAUUCAGGGGCAUUGCAAUUCCUGCUAUCUGGAUGCCACUCUUUUCUGUAUGUUCACUUUUACCUCUGUGCUGGAUUCAAUGCUCCUACGCCCGGCAGACAAGAACGAUGGGGAAUCUUACACUGAGACGCGAGAUCUGCUCCGAACAGAGAUAGUCAACCCUUUGCGCAAGAACGGGUAUGUCUGUGCUACCAAAAUCAUGGCUCUACGGAAGGCUUUGGAAAAAGCUGGACAUUCCUCAGGCUUCACCAGCGAGGAAAAAGACCCAGAGGAAUUUCUUACCCUUUUAUUCCGGGUACUGAAAAUGGAGCCUCUCUUUCAGAUCCGCUCGGCUGGUAAAGAUCCCCACGGCUGCAUCUUUUACCAAAUCUUUGUUGAGGACCACCCACCUCAAGUGGUGCCCACAGUGCAAGAGCUUCUGGAGGGGUCUUUGGUCACUGGAGACCUCAAGUUCACAGAGGCCCCUUCCUGCCUCAUCCUCCAGAUGCCACGGAAUGGAAAGAACUUCAAGGCCUUCCGCACCAUUCAGCCCAGCCUGGAACUUGACCUCACUGACCUCCUAGAAGAAACCCCUCGGGAGUGUUCGAUCUGCCAAGAAUUGGCUGUAAAUGAGUGUCUGGAUUGCUAUGGAGACCCUAGCUUUGGCAUUCGACGCAUCAAACAGUUCUGCAGGGUUUGCAGUCAGCAGGUCCACAAGCACCGAGCCCGCCGUGGCCACCAUCUGCGAACUCUGCAUCUGCCCAAGGAACUCUCCCAUUCCGCGUCUCUGCCAGAAAUAAUCCCCCGGCAGACCAUGCAGCUCUUUGGGGUCCUCUGCAUUGAGACCAGCCACUAUGUAGCUUUCACCUGCCAAGGCCCAGAUGUCCACCAGUGGCUCUUCUUUGACAGCAUGGCUGACCGUGAAGGUGGCCUGAAUGGCUUUAACAUCCCACGCGUCACGCCCUGCUCAGAGGUGGCAGAAUACUUAGAAAUGUCCCCAGAGGAGCUUCGGAGCCUGGACCCCAAAUCCUUGCCUGCUUGUGCCCGACGGCUGCUCUGUGAUGCCUACAUGUGCUUCUACCACAGCCCUUCACUUGGCCUCUACAAAUAAGAGCCCGGAUGGAAGAAUGUCACAAAUGCAAACUGUGGGACCCCAGGGAUCUCUCAUUGUCGACCUGGGGCCUUUGAUCAAAAAAUAUUUAUGUCCUGGAAUGGUAAACUAUCCAGAAAUAAGUGCUUCGGCUACAUGGGGGCCAUUUAUGGCUGAGGCCAGAUUGGGUUUGCCAAGUUCCUUAGGAUGGAGUUUUACAAAGCAUUUAAACCAGAAGUACUUUCACAGUACAGGUUUGCUGGCGCAUGUAGAGAAAUCAGCUAAUGUGUGUGUGUCAACUGUAAAAUAAGAUGCAUGAAACUGAUUGGUCAGGUUAUGACUGCGGAACAGGCUGAGCCUGGGAUUUUGGUUACUGCUGCAUUUUUGUUCAGGCUUGAGCUAUGCGGAUUGAGAGAGAAAAAUAGAAGAAGGGAGAGAGAGAGAGAGAGACGGUGUGGUGUGUGCUCACACUUCAUGACCUGCUGAAGUUUGUCCAACAUGGACAAAAAACCCAUUUUAAAUCUCUCAUAAAAGGACAUAAUGUGAGCUGUUGCAACUGAUCACAUUGUAUAUAUGUCGUUCUGAACUACAAAGCGUAAACUACUUGUUCUUUGUAUUGUUGAUUGGAACUAGGAAAAAGGGUUUAUAAAAUGCUGUGCCCAUCAGCCAUAGCAGAGCACCUGAUGAACCAACCUGGACACAGCAUUUUAUUUGAGAACACAGAAAUGCUGAACCACUCUCACAACCACCAUGUCAGAUUACACAGAGAACCACUGAAAUACACAAGCAGCUGAACAAUUUCAACAGAAAGGAAGAAACCAUGAAAAUGAACAAAAUCUGGCUACCAGUAUUAAAGGACUCAAAAAUCACAACAGCAAAACAACAGAGGGGAAACAAACAGGCACAUAAAAUCACUCUCAACAAGGGAUUCCCCCCGGGCACUUCCAAGCCUUUGAAUGCUAAUCAAGGUGAUCAGCUGAAACAUUCACAUCUAGCCCCAGCAAACAAAAGUCCUUUGUCUCACCCUGAUCAUUCCACAGAUAUAUAAACCCUUUUUCCUACUUCCAACAGACCUCACUACCUCUGAGUAUGCUUGCCAUAGAUGCAGGCGAAAUGUCAGGAGAGAAUGCCUCUAGACCAUGGCCAUAUAGCUCGAAAAAACCUACAACAACCCACUACUUGUUCUUUAUUAUUCAUCUGUGUGGCAUGUUUUCUUUCUCUGGCAAGGCAGAGUGUGGGCUGAUCAAAUGUGAACUACACGUGGUUUAUUUUACAUUAUGCCACAAGGUUGAGCAUCCUUCCAACAUUCUCCAAAAUGGUCUGCAUGGCUGGCUGAGAGGGUCACACUUUGGCUUUUUGAUGAUUCCAUGUACAUGGGCUUUUUUUCAUACAAAACGUUGUUAAAAAACAUUGUGUAUACAUCUA